AUGAGGCUCCUUUCCUGUCUCUUGCUCUUGAUAAUCGCAGGAUCUGCUGCAGAGCAAACAUGCUGCGGUCAGAACACAGCCAUCGUGCUAUCUUUGGAAGUAGCCCUGACGAGUGAGACCAACGUGCGGAGAGAUCAGAUGGUUGAGAUUACCAAGAGCGCCAUCGCCGGGGCACCUGUCCCCCUGCAAGUUGACGGACUGCAAGACUUCAACGACACUUGUGGGCAGAGCGGGCAGCAGACCAUCGGGCUGACAGUCCCCUGCAUCCAGAUCUUCUUUGCAAUCAAAGUGACGUCGGUAGAGGACGGCCUCUUGCUGAUAGACUACAUCCAAAACUCCGUGGGGAACCUGCAGGACAAUCAUGGCGUCUUCACUCUUGUUCCUAACAACAUGCAGAGGUUCUGUGAGGGCUACUCCCAGCCUUCGGGUUGUGUUGUGUCUGAGCAGGUCAAGUCUAGCAAGCUGCUAGAGAUCGCAGGCCACUUGAACGCCAGCAACCUCUUCCUUGUCAACGGCCAGCCGGUCGAGAGCGAAGGUGUCAGUGCGAGGAUCUUCGAUCUUGAGAUGGUCAACUCGCUCAACUCCUCCAUCUCGUCCUGCAUCGCCAAGGUUGCGAACCCGACCAACGUCCUCAACUGCACAGAGUCUUUCUCCUCGGACUCGCUGAGAGUGUUCCGUCUCGAGGGAUCCAAGGUCCUGGCCCGAUACUACCUGUGGGGGGUCAGCGAAGCUGCUUCCUGCUCCCUGCAGCUCUCGACGAACAAAGUCUGUUUUUUUCAGCCGUACGAGAUGUUCGUGCAAAGAGCGAAUCUGAGCACGUUCCUCGACAAUUUCGGGGGGAUCCUGACCGACAGCCUGUUCACCUUGGCCUCGCUGCCCAAGGACCUUCAGCUCCAAGUGACGGACAUCGAGCACUGGCCAGGGUACAGCAACAACAUGCUCGAUCCUGUGCUCUGGAAGGAGCCAGGCAUCUCCGUGAAGCUUCUCAUCCCCCUCAACUCUCAGGGUGACAACGCCACUGCUCUCAGCGCUCUGUCGGAGAACGUGGGGCACAUGGCUGUUGCCGUUGCGGACAUGGUGGUCAAUUUCUACGACCAGAGCUACGUUCAAGACUGUCUUUUAAUCAAAGGGAAUCAGAAAUGGGGUCAGCUGGGAGGAAUCAGGGUGGCAAGUAACCUGUCAGAGCUCGAGCUGCUCGAUGAUGACCUGCUCCGCCGUUUCCUCUCUGAGCUCCUGCAGAAGCUGUCAGCAAGAGGAGGAGGCGUCAAGAGGUGUGGAGACCUGUCCCGACUUCUGCUCCUGGACCUCCUGCAUCAGUGUCGUCAGUUUGCUGGAGUCAAGGACCAGCAACGGCUGUACCUCUCAUUCCUUGGAGGGGGCGAGUCUUUCUUUCCGCUGCCAUUUCGCUCUGGCGAUCUUCGCCUACACAAGGCAACCGUCAUACUCUGGCAGCAGCGGCUCAUUCGAGGGACCUCAGAGGAGACUGCCGUCUCGGGGGGCUACGGAAGCGACGGAGAUGGAAACCGUCGCCUUCUCGGCGAUCUUGAGUCCCUCCUGGGAGAUCUUGACCUCCUUCUCAGCGGCGAACGUGACCGACGAGGCGACCUAGAGCUGCGUCGAGGAGGAGACCUCGAUCCUCGCUUAGGAGGAGACCUCGAUCCUCGUCUAGGAGGAGACCUCGAUCCUCGCUUAGGAGGUGAUCUCGAUCCUCGUCUAGGAGGAGACCUCGAUCCUCGCUUAGGAGGAGACCUCGAUCCUCGCUUAGGAGGAGACCUCGAUCUACGCUUAGGAGGUGACCUCGAUCCUCGCUUAGGAGGUGACCUCGAUCCUCGCUUAGGAGGAGACCUCGAUCCUCGCUUAGGAGGAGACCUGGAUCCUCGCUUAGGAGGAGACCUCGAUCCUCGCUUAGGAGGAGACCUCGAUCCUCGCUUAGGAGGAGACCUCGAUCCUCGCUUAGGAGGAGACCUCGAUCCUCGCUUAGGAGGCGACCUGGAUCCUCGCUUAGGAGGCGACCUAGACGCUCGCCUAGGAGGUGACGCUCGCCUAGGAGGUGACCUAGACCCUCGCCUAGGAGGAGACCUAGAUCUGCGUCUGAGUGGGGACCUGGAUCUCCUCUUGGGAGGAGAUCUCGACGCUCGCUUAGGAGGAGACCUAGAUCUCCUUCGAGGGGGUGGAGGAGAAUUCCUCCGGCGAGGAGAACGAGAGUCCCUUCUCUGA